AUGGCGUUCGUUAGAGAGCUCUUCGUUCUGUUGGGUGUUGUAUUGGUAUCUGUCUUUUGUGCGGAUAACGAUACUACACCGGCUCCUCCUACACCAACCCCUCCUACACCAACCCCAGCUAGUGCCAGUACUCCGGCUUCCACAGGAACUAUGACAGAUCUCGCACAGUUCGUUUUAAAAUUUCCAUUCAGUAUAUGGAGUUUGUGUAAAUAUGGAGCAGAUACCAUGAAAGAUAACAAUUCAAAAUAUAAUAUUAAAGCAGCUGUCACAUUGUAA